AGGACUGUGAAAAAGGUGUGAAUAGUUUGAAAAUCAAUAACAAAGCAAAAUUGGGAAAAGUGCAUUUUUGCUGGAGCAAUUUUGUCAAUAAAGAAAAUAAGAAAGUGCAUUAUUGUUUCUUUAAUGCAAUGCAAUAUUAAUUGAAUGAGAAUUUGAUAAUUUAAACAAAGUAAGCGUACAAAGUGAUAACUGGUAGAAUCAGCCAGUGCAGUGUAUUUUACAAUCUGGUACGGGUGUGGGUACGAGUAUUUUUUUAUUUGCUCUGUUGCGCUUUACGUAGAAUAAACAGGUCUUGUUUGGUCAGUUCCUCGCGUUUUAACAAUCGUUGUUUGCCUUUCAUGUGGUUCUUUGCGACCCGGCUGCCGUGAUGUGAAUUAAUUAUUUUCCAUUUCCCCUAAUUUGAGCGUCUGUCUUCAUGGGUUUCUGAAGACGAUUCCCUGUUGAAAGUUAUACAUACCUACUUUGCUGGUUUCAUUUUGUAAAUUAAAAAGUUGAAAUAAAUGGUGGAGAACAAAGGAGAUGACAACGAGCUGCUAAUAAGGUUUAAAGUUAAGUGAACGAACGACAAAAUUGUAAAAAAGUUGGUAAAAAGGUCAACAUAAAACACAUCAACGCUGGUUCUUUUAGUGGAUAAACUUGUGAGUUGGUGAUUCAUUGCUGCAAAGUCGUACUAAACCACGGCAUACUAAUUACUAUUACAUUUACAUAUUCAAAAAUACGAAAAAAGUACAUCUUUUAAAUUAUAGCGGUUAGUGGACUGCUUCGACGUUGACUACUGCGUCCUAAGCUGUAUUACGACAUAAGAAUAAACUUCCGCAACAUUUGGAUAUUACACUACAAUCCUACAACUCCACGUCUUUAGCCUGAUUACCGUCAUUCAACAUGGACGUUUCAUCACGAGGAGUUUCCGCUAUUGUUGAAUACGAUUAUGUGGCCAAAGAACCCGAUGAGCUGGACUUAGUCAAAGGUGCUCUUGUACAUAAUAUUAAACAGAUGCCGGGUGGCUGGUGGGAAGGCACGCUACAAUCUACAGGGGAAACCGGCAUGUUUCCUGAUAAUUUUGUGCGACUUAUUGAUAACAGCGAUGAAAAUAUAGUCACAAUGAGGGACAAAGCAGCAACAGCCAAUCGGCGCUGUAAAGUCAUCUUCAGCUACACACAAGUGAAUGACGACGAACUGUCGCUGGCCGUGGGUGAUGUCAUUGAAUUCCUUGGGGAGGUCGAGGAAGGCUGGUGGCGUGGACGUUUAAAAAACAAAAUCGGCGUAUUUCCAUCGAAUUUCGUUACUGUCAUCGAGCCAUCACCUAUUUUGGCCAGUAAACGACCAGCAGCCGGUCCUGCUGCCACAUCAACCGUAAAAGCAGCUGCGACAGCCGCAGCGCCAAGCGCAGCUGCAUCAGCGCUUGAGAAGUCAAGCGUUGGCGACAGUAGCUCUACAUCAUCGACUAGCACAAACACCGUAACCGCCAGUUCAACAUCAACGAAGAAAAUGAAUCGUAUUAGUUUUCACAGUUCCAAAGAGGAUCUGUUGAAUAGCAGUAACAUCAGCAGCAGCAGUGGCAGCAAUUUCGUUGCGGCAACAAGCACAAACAACACAUCUGUGGAUGAUGUUGCACCAUCGUUGCCACCGAAACCGCAACGGGAAUACUGUCGCGUCGAAUAUCCGUAUACGCCACAAAACGACGAUGAGCUGGAAUUGAAAGUGGGGGAAAUCAUCACGAUCAUCAGCAUGGAAUUGCCGGAUAAGGGCUGGUGGAAGGGCGAACUACACGGCAAAGUUGGUGUAUUUCCAGACAACUUUGUCAAACUGUUAGACGUCACGUCACUGAGCGAUUCACAACCUUCCCAACGAUCUGCGAAAGCAUCCAAUGUUACUGCCACCGCUCCCACAAGCACCAUCACCGCCGCCGCCAAUACAGCACACGUAAGAUCAGCCGCCGCAUCAGCAGCCACAUCGGCGGCACACACCGCAGCAGCUACAUCCAAGGUGUUCAUCAAGAAGUCCGGCAGUAAUUCGUCGACGCAAAGCUCCAAUCGCUUGCAGAGCGGCAAUGUUGCUGCACAACGCAAAUCGCUGGAGAAUAAAAAUCUAGAUUUGUCAGCGAAUGCGGCGGACGCAAGCAGCCGCCUGGCAUUGAAGAAGCAGCAAUUACAGCAACAACAACAGCAUUUGCAAGAGACGAAGACGGUGUUGACAAAUAACGGUAGUGUUACAACGACGACCACAACAACCAGCAGCAUGUCAGCGAGCUCAGCCGCAGUUGCAAAUGAAUUGCGCAAGAGCUUGGAAAGUUUGGAUGAGAAGACGAAGACACCGCCACCAGUGCUGACGAAGAAGCCCACCGUAACGACGAAGAAACCGUCGAGUGUUACGGGCGUUGCGAGCAACCUCUUCGGCUUCGGCAAGCAAAAAACGAAAAGCACCGACAGCAAACUCACCACCGCUGCUUCCCAAGAUUUUGCGGAUGGAAUGUGCAGCAGUAAGACUUCAACGUCGGGAGAUGCAGUUGUUUUACGUCGGGCCGCCACUAUAGCAACUGAGGACUCCGAUUUCGAUCGGCUAGAACGCUCCUCCAUACUGACAGAUAUGCGUGCAGGACGCGUUAAAGCGCCCAAGCGACGUCCACCUUCGGCGGCCAUUAAUAUAAUCGGUGAAAGCAACAAUAACGAUACAAUUUACCUCAAUGGUAGCAGCGGUGGCGGCGCUUCUGGUGGCGAGUUGUCACAAGAGGAAGGCAAACUACAAUCGUCCGACGAAAACUCGACCGGCGAGGAACAGUUGGCAAAACCGAGGCCACGCGAAUGGGAGAAGAAGAAGGCACCAUGGAUGGAAGAGCUGAAAGCAUCACAGGUAAAGAAGAAGACCUCGCCCAGCGUGGAACCACGCACUCAAAGCACCAGCAGUGUGACCGAUCGGACAUCACGACUGCUUAGCGAUGAUGUCAAAGUUACUAGCAGCAAUCACAGUAGCAGUCAUAGCAGUAGUAGCGCCACGAGUAGCUCGACCAGCACCACCACAAAAGUACAGUCCUCGUCAGUUUCGUCGAGCUUAAUGCAACAAUCGAUGACUGUUGAGAGCAGCCAGCAGGUGCUGAAGCGAGAACUAAAUUCCAACACUAUUGCUGACAUCAUGACCAAAAGUAUGAGCAAUAAAUUCACCACUGACUCAUCGACGCUUUCACUGACGACGACGGCGCCGCCGCAUGCCACCUCAGCCACCAACGCCACCACUGCCGGCGAUGAUGUACGCGCGCGACCCAACAGCCUAUCGAUACGUAAUCGCAGUAUGUCACCUUCAUUGGCGGAAAGUAGCGGCAGUGGCAGUGUGCGCACAGGAGCAAUGAAGAGUACCGCUUCACCAGCAACGACAGCCACCAACGAGCCGCCGAGCUCCAAUGGCGCGGUGAGCUCAUCCGUACUAGUUGCCAAUGUGGCAGCGGCGGCGUCCAGUCAAAAUUCAAUAGGUGCUAAUAACCAUUAUCAACAGCGGACCAGCAACCCCGCUGCAGCGCCGAUAGCCAGCGAUAAUGCGCGCAUUGGUGAAUUAGAGCGGCGUGUUGGAAAACUAGAGCAAACUGUGGGCGCACAACAACGCACCAUCGACGAACUGUUGCGAUUGCUGCGCGAGGAGACCGAUCGUGUGAAGGUGCUGCGCGGGGAAUUGGACAAAUAUGCGCAGUGCGUGACGCAAGUUUAAUUGCUUACCAGUAGUUGUUCUGCUUGUUGAUGUUAGGAAUGUGUAGUGGAGUGCGUUGAGUACAUACUAUGUAGUAGUGUGUGAUUGGUAGUGGAUGCGCCCAGUCCCUUAGAGCCCUGACUUGUAAUGCGCUUGUCGAGUUAAAGUGAAGAGAGAGAGAGCCCGGGUUUCUUACAUUCUUGCAAAUUUUACUGCAUUCCAAUUUAUUUUAUACGUAUGUAAGUUUUGAUUUUCCUUCUUAAAUUAUGUGAUUAAUUUAAUAUGCGGGCAUUUUAAAAAAGUCCCACAUGUAGAAUAUAUGAAAGUUUAUGCGUAAAUUGAGCCCAAUAAUGAAAGUAGUGGUGCAAGUAUUAACCUACAACAUAAAUGCUUACGUGUGUCAUUUAUUUUUUCCAAAACUUUAAUACGUUUUUUGCAUGCUUUGCCUAUUGCGCCUACGAUUGGAUCGUAUGUAUAGCGGUUGAGCGGUACUUUUUGGUUGAAAUUCUCAAACCGAUUGCUGAUAUAAAACUGCGUUAUGAGCGCGUUUGUAGCGAUGUUAAAUAUAUAAACGAUAUUAGUAAACAAUUAAUGUACCAUAUCACGCUGUUCAAGAAUUUCUCUAAAAAUAAAACCAUUAGAGCGUAACAAAUGAUAAAACUUACAUAGCAGUACUUAAUACGGAAAUGCUCCUUUUUAGAAAAAUUAAGUGAAAAAAAAAACAAUUUUCGCAUAGUUUAUUAAAAUGUAUAGGUUUAAUAUUCACGUAACAAAUAAGUAUUUUUCUAAAAACAGCGUAAAAUUACAAAAUUCGAGAAACAGCUAACCGAUAAAUAGAAUAUUAAUAAUAGUAGCUACUGUGGUUUUACACAUUUUAAAGAUGACAGUUGAAAUAUAACGUUUAACUUAUCUACCUAUACUUACAUACUACAUAUCCGCACCUUCAUGUCAGAAGCAUGAAUGUGCAAAUAUAUCAGUUUUGAGUUAUUGGGUUGACUUGAUUAACCUUUGAAUGUUCUAUGUUAUACCAAAACCCAGAAUACCAUGCGUACACGGAAAGCACAUAUUUUACAAUUUCAAUUGCAUAAAUGUAAAGUUAAGCCGCGUAAAAAAGCCUUUCAAACUUGAUUUCCAGAAAUUUUAAUUUUUACACAUUCAUGUUUCUGGCAUAUGGGCGACGAUAUUAAAUAAAAAUUUGUAACAAAAUAAGCGCGUGUGUAUUGUGUCAAUAAUACUAGAAUUAGAUGUAUUUGCCAUUUAAUUGCUAAUUUGCAAAUCAGUCUAGUUAUGAAUACAAAACAAACACACAUUAAAUCUUGAAAUCUUAUAUUCUUUUUCUACUACGAAUCCCAAAUGUAACAAGAUCAUUUCUUUAUACAGACAUAUAUAUAUACAUAUGUAGCUCCGUUGCAUGCCAAAAUAGCUUCUUAUAGCCAAAAUAUUCGAUGUCUGCAAAGUUUUUGCCUUUUUUUUAUUUAGAAAGGUUGCGUGCAUAACCAUAUGCAACGCAUACAUUUAUUAUUACUAUUACUCUUUUUUUGUUACACGUAAUAUUUACUGCAAUCAUGUACUAUAUUAAAAAAUACGAUUAAAUAUUAGGUCAUAAUGCGAAUUGAAAUAAUAAAAAAAAUCCUUAAAAAUUUA